AUGUUCCCAGACGAAUAUGGCAACUUCAACGUCCCUAACGGCGCAUCACUUAGCAAGAAAGUUCUGCUGGAGCGAGUCAAGCGCUUGAAAUCCGAGCUAGCCCUCCUCAAAGAGAUCAAGGAGGACGGGGACGCCAGACUCAAGGCACAAGAGCUUGAUUUCGCCAGGAGAAAUAAGGAGAUCCAGGCGCAGAAGGAGGAAAACGAGAGGCAGCUGCAGAUGAACGACAAGGCGCUGAGCGAUGCGGCUCUGGGAGUGCGCACGAGGGACCGGCAAAUCAUCAAUCUGGGAGGCAAGAUUUGCAGAGGGAGAAUGGCGAUGCAGCAGCUCCAGAAGGACAAGCACCAGGUCGUGGACCGAGCGAAGAGGGAGGCGCGAGAAGAGAUGAACGCAGAGCGGCAGCAGCAGCAGCAGCAGCAGAAGAAGAAGCAGCAGCCGUCCCAGGGCAUGCAGAUAAAGUCCAUCGGCCACGGCAGCGGGGGAGCGGGGCCUCAUUUCACGAGAGCGUCGACGGGAGGCGGCAUGGGGGCCAACCCCGUCAGGGUCUUCAAGGCCCCCGGGGGGGGAAGGGCAGGAAAAUAG